UCGAGGCAUAGAUAUAGAGGGAAGUAGAAAAGGGGAAAAAGAAGAAAAUUUUAGUGCGAUUCAUCCAAUCCUCCUAUUUACUCUUCGAGACAUAAAUGAAAGAAUGCCAUUAGAGAAGAAUUUUUUAAAAUAAAAAAAUUUCUGAACGCGGAACAAAACAACAAAGUAAACAACAACAAUAAGUACACAAGUCCAACAAUUAUUUUUAAAAAAUAAUAAAACGCCAAAAAAUGCCAAAAAUUUUUAAAUAACGCCAAAAACGUCUUAUUCACAAUUUUUAAAAAAUGUCCAGAAUUUCUUCAAUGGCCCGAUUAAGAGUGGCUGCAGCAUUGGAAGACGAAAGAAAAAAAGAUUUGGAACUGCAACAAAAUGGAGGGCCCAGUACUUCAUCGAUAAAUAAAAGUUGUAGCAGUACUUAUGGGCAUGGAUCGCCUGGGGGACCUAGAGGAAGACUCCCUUCUGUGGCUAAAUUUCUUUCUGCGAGAAGAAGGUCAAAGUCACACUCUCGACUGCUUGAUUCUAGCUUCUUUCUUCGAAUUGUUGCGGCCUUCGAGAAGAAUUCUUCCUGUGGCCGUCAUUGUCACCACUCUCAUUUGGACGAUGGCCUUUGUGGGAGAUUUAUGAGACGUAAACUGCUUGGACAACAUGCUAAUAACUCACUUGGACGUCAAAACGAUCCUUAUGAUUCUUAUCGUUUAAACGGUAAUUCUAACGCUGUGAUAGAAGACGGAAACGAAGCAGAUUUGUAUUCCUUACAAAUGGAUAUGCCAAUUAAAGUCUUAAACGGGUCGCCAGGCUACAUAAAUAUUCUCGACGGGUUAAACGCCUGGCAAUUAGUAUCAGAAUUGGCAGAAGCUACAGGUCAACCUGCAGCCGCUUCCUUCAAGCAUGUCAGUCCAGCAGGUGCAGCAAUCGGUGUUCCUCUAAAUGAUACUGAAGCACAAUCUUUAAUGGUGGCAGAUUUGUCGAUAGACCCUCGACGUCCAUCACUGGCAUCGGCACUUGCUAGGGCUAGAGGUUGGAAAAGGGUUACUAUAAUAUUUGUGGGAAGGGAUUCAAAUUUUAAUAAGACUCCGGUAGUGAGAGGACAUUGGUACAUGGAUCACUAUUAA